UCAACUUUGAAUCAGUUUAAUUUUGUUACUGGAUACUGCAUAGUAAAUCUCUGACUUAACGAAACGUUUUAGUUUUGAUUAAAAAAUAAAAACAUCUUUUUUGUGAUAUAUAAAAAGUUAAUAUUUAUUAAAUACAUUAAAAAUGGCAUUUAAGGUUAUUUUCGUUAUCUCAGCUAUCGUUGCAUGCGUUCAAGCCGGCGGUCCAGCUGCUUACUCGAUCUCUGCUCCAAGUAUCGAUCAUGGAUCAGUAGGAAAUUCACAAGAACAUACUGUUAAGGGACAUUAUGGACAAAAUUCUCAAUCAGACUAUUCUAGCCAAGUUACUGCUGGUCAUGCUGUUUCACAUGUUUCCCGCUCAAGUACCACAAACGAUGCUGCUGUUGUUGCUCCAAGUUAUGGUGGUCACUUAGUUCAAGCUGCACACGCUAUUUCUGCCCCAGCAAUUGCCCACAGUUAUGCUCCAGCCAUCUCCCACGGAUAUGCUGCUGCUCCAGCACAAAUUUUGUCGCAUGGCUAUGCAGCUUCAGCACCAAUAUUGUCUCAUGGAUAUGCUGCUGCAGCUCCAAGUUACAUUUCAGCCGGUGCAGCAUUGUCACAUGGUUAUCUUUCUCAUGCACCAGCCACCUUAUCUCAUUCCUAUGCAGCACCAGCUUAUUCUUCGUACAUUGCUUCCGCCCCAGCAGCUGUAAAAGUCGCUGCCGCUCCAGCUUACGCUUCCGGUUACAUCUCACAUGCUCCUGCCUACUCUCAAAGCUAUGUAUCUGCUCCGUCUGCUUAUAAGAUAGCUGCUCCAGCUAUCGCCUACGGAUCCCAUGCUCCACAUGGUCUUGGAUUAGCUGCUGCCCAUUACGCUGCACCCGCCUAUGCUGCUCCAGCUUAUGCUGCCCAUGCUUAUGCUCCUGGUCCAAUUAUCAAAGCCGCCCCAGCUUUAGUGCAUACAUCCGUUGCCGGACAUGGCAUCCAUUAUGCAUACUAAACGAAAUAACAAUGUUGGCUUUAUCAUGGUGCUGUGUGUGUAAUUCAAACAGUACCACUAUACUUGAGACGAAAAAUAAAAAGGAACGAAAGCAUGAACAUGUCGAAAGGAAUGUUGUAAAGGAUGUGUGUUUUAUAAGAUUUUUUUGUAUAGUUUUUGUUAUAUUAAUUUAAGCUUAAAACAAAAUCGCGGUUGAAUGAGAGAAACAAACAUAAAAACAAAUAAAAGAAAAUUUAAAAAAAAAA